GCAUCGAUCGAUCGUGUCAUUUAUUCGGUUUCGUCGCCGCCGAAGUCUGUCCGCAGACUUAUGCGACGGAGCCUUCCUUUUAGUAGGUAAAUUUAUUAGUUGAUAUUUACUGUGUGUGUGUCAGUGAAAAGCGGGCAAAAUGGGAUCGUUAUUCCGGAGUGAGGAGAUGACAUUAUGUCAGCUUUUCCUGCAAAGUGAAGCUGCGUAUGCCUGCGUGUCUGAACUCGGAGAGCUGGGUCUCGUCCAGUUCCGUGACUUAAAUCCCGAUGUGAAUGCGUUCCAACGCAAGUUCGUCAAUGAAGUCCGCCGUUGCGAUGAAAUGGAGCGCAAGCUUCGUUAUCUCGAGAAGGAAAUUCGCAAGGACUCCAUCCCCAUGUUGGAAAUCCCUGGCGAGUGUCCUGAAGCGCCGCAGCCGAGAGAGAUGAUCGAUCUUGAGGCCACCUUUGAAAAGCUCGAAAACGAGUGCCGUGAAGUGAAUCAAAACGCUGAAGCCCUGAAGAGAAACUAUCUAGAGCUGACUGAGCUCAAGCACAUCCUUAGAAAAACCCAAGUCUUCUUUGACGAGCACGAGGGUGGUGCCAAUACCACUGAAUCGAUGACGCGAGCCCUGAUAUCCGACGACCCGAACAGACAUAUGGGACACGUCCAGCUAGGUUUACGGGAUAAACAAGAAUCCCUGGAAUUCCUGCCUUGUUUUGUGGCGGGCGUGAUCCUGCGCGAGCGGCUGCCUGCCUUCGAACGCAUGCUGUGGCGAGCGUGUCGUGGCAAUGUCUUCCUGCGACAGGCGCCUAUUGACACAGCCCUCGAAGAUCCAUCCUCAUCGGACGAAGUGUACAAGUCGGUGUUCAUCAUUUUCUUCCAAGGAGAUCAGCUGAAGACCCGCGUCAAGAAGAUCUGCGAGGGCUUUCGCGCUACUCUUUACCCAUGCCCGGAAUCGCCGGCCGACAGGCGCGAGAUGGCCAUGGGGGUUAUGACCAGAAUUGAGGAUUUGCAUACCGUAUUGCAACAAACCAAUGACCAUCGACACCGCGUCCUAGUCGCGGCAGCUAAAAACAUCAAGAACUGGUUCGUCAAAGUGCGCAAGAUCAAAGCCAUUUAUCAUACACUCAACUUGUUUAACUUAGAUGUUACGCAAAAGUGUCUUAUCGCUGAGUGCUGGGUGCCUGCUCUUGAUCUUGAGACUAUUCAGCUGGCAUUGAGGAGGGGAACGGAACGCAGCGGCAGCUCAGUACCACCGAUCCUGAAUCGAAUGGAGACGUUAGAAGACCCCCCGACAUACAACCGCACCAACAAGUUCACUAACGCCUUCCAAAACUUGAUUUACGCGUACGGUGUUGCUACUUAUCGGGAAGUCAAUCCAGCUCCAUAUACAAUAAUCACAUUCCCGUUUCUAUUCGCGGUGAUGUUCGGUGAUUUGGGCCACGGCGCCAUCAUGGCCGCGUUCGGAUUCUGGAUGUGCUACAAGGAGAAGCCGUUGCAGGCAAAGAAGAUUGACAGCGAGAUCUGGAAUAUAUUCUUCGGCGGGCGCUACAUCAUCCUCCUAAUGGGUCUGUUUUCAAUGUACACCGGUCUAAUGUACAAUGACAUAUUCUCAAAGAGCUUGAACAUCUUCGGAUCAUCCUGGCGUCAGAACUAUAACCAGUCAACGCUUGAAACGAACCGAUUGUUGCAAUUGAAUCCUGAUUCCUAUGAUUACAUACAGAAACCUUAUCCGUUUGGUAUCGACCCUGUCUGGCAGCUGGCAGAAGCGAACAAGAUUAUCUUCAUGAAUGCGUACAAGAUGAAAAUAUCCAUCAUUAUCGGCGUGUUCCACAUGUUGUUCGGUGUUUCGCUUUCGCUUUGGAACUACAUGUACUUCAAGAAGCGCAUCAGCAUCUACGUUGAGUUCAUUCCUCAAAUCUUGUUCCUGGUUCUUCUCUUCUUCUACAUGGUGUUGCUUAUGUUCAUCAAGUGGACCACGUACGGAUCCAGCGGACCUGAUCAUUUCGGCAGUCAGGAACCCGAAAUUGUAAAAACGAGCGGGUAUUGCGCACCAUCGAUUCUGAUCACGUUCAUCAACAUGAUGCUGUUCAAAACGGACCCGAACACGCGACCUCAGUGCGACGUCGCCAUGUUCGGCGGGCAGAUGGUUAUACAGAAGAUUUUCGUAAUUUUGGCUCUUUGCUGCGUGCCGGUGAUGCUGUUCAUGAAGCCGUACUAUAUCAUGAAGGAGCAGAAGAAACGCGCUUUGGAGACACAAGGGCACCAGACGAUUGAGGGCGCGGCGGAGAACGGCGCGGCGGGCGGCGCGGUCGUGCCGGCGCAGGCGCCCCACGACGAGGACAUCACCGAGGUCUUCAUCCACCAGGCAAUCCACACGAUCGAGUACGUGUUGGGUAGCAUUUCCCACACAGCGUCGUAUCUGCGCCUUUGGGCGUUGUCGCUGGCGCAUGCGCAGCUCGCUGAAGUCGCGUGGAACAUGCUGCUCAGGAAAGGUUUGAAGUCAAUGGGCUACGAGGGCGGCAUCAUCUUAUACGUAGUGUUUGCGGGGUGGGCCGCCAUCUCCGUCGCCAUCCUAGUGUUGAUGGAGGGUCUCUCCGCCUUCCUUCACACUCUUCGUUUGCACUGGGUGGAGUUCCAGAGCAAAUUCUACCAAGGUGAGGGCUACCUCUUCCAACCUUUCUCGUUCGAAGUGAUCCUUGACUCCGCGGGCACCGGAGAAGAGUAAUUUCUACAAUGAACUUCCACAAUGUCAUCAUUCGUUAUACUGCAAUAUGGGCGCCAAAUUUGUAAAAGUGGCGCCCAACCCGGGACUUGUAUAAAUUUCAUUCAAAAAUAUAUUAACCCCAGAAAAUCGACUCGUUUAUUAAUACAUACUUCUAAUUUUUGUCCUAUUUAUGACAUUUUGAUGACGUAGUGUGGGAGCGAGAUGUAACAAAUAUUGUAGUACCAUAGAAGGUUUAAUAAUCGCAAAAAGUAACAACCUUAAUUAGUAAGUGUAUGCAAGCUGUAUUCGUUAUAAUAAUAAGAAUUACUAUUUAUGAAUUUUCAAUGUGUCUCGAAGUGGCAGCUUUGCAAUGGGCCUUUCACGAAGUUUAAAAGUAUAGGUAGAAUGUUCUUUAAGAAUUCCAACUUUAUCUUGUAGUAAGUCUUAUCUCGAUUUUAUAGCUUAAACGUUUGUUGUAAAUUUCCUUUCUUUCAAGGGUACGCGGGCGAAAUUUUAUAUUUUGUUAGAAGAAACCUUUUUUUUAUUUAAUCAGUUUUUUGUAAGAGGUAAUAAAUGUGUGAAUUAUAAUUUGUUUUGUAUUCUUACUGAACCCGAUGUACUUAAAUUAUUUUUAUAAAUCGCAUUGUAUGUCCCAGGCUCUCUCUAAUUGUUAUUAACAGUAAACGAGUACGUGUUAGAAGUGAAUACAUAAUAUAAUUAUCAUUCCAGUAGAUGUUGAAGAAAUAAUCAAUGCGCUUAAAAGUAGUAUGCAUGUAGUAUUCCUAUGUGGUUAUGAAUAAAUAAACGU